AUGGAAAACGCCUCCAAACCACAGUCCAGCAUGGGGCUAGAGGAAAGCAAGCCCAUCACAUGGGAAGAAAGCCAGCUCAACGCCCAGAACUGGCCAACAUGGAAAAAAUGUCACAAACUGGCGCUGGUAUCUACUUAUGGUCUACUCGCAUCCCUCGGCACAUCCAUCAUCAGUCCGGCCCAGCAUGCCCUCGUCACCGAAUUUGGCGUCACCGAUCUCCAGGCCCUACUCCCACUGUCAUUAUACGUCUUUGCGCUCGCUCUCGGGCCAGCCAUUGCAGGACCACUCUCUGAAAUCGUAGGCCGACAACCCAUCUUCCGCUACACCAGCGUUCUUGGUGCCCUUUUUACAGUGGGCGCCGCACUUGUACCCAACUUUGGCGCAUUGUGCUUCUGGCGCUUUGCCGCAGGCUGCUGUUGGGGCCCUGCGCUGGCAGUGGCAUCAGGAACCAUCUCAGAAACAUUUAGCUCUAAAACCCGCGGCUCGGUCGUCUCUGUCUUUGUCCUGACCGCCUUCCUGGGACCUGGCAUUGGACCUGUCAUCGGCGCUUUCGUUGUCAACCGUCUUGGUUGGCGAUGGACGAUGUGGAUAUUGGUCAUCUUCUCGGCCAUUCCUAUCCUCCUCGCUGUCACGUCCCAGGAAACCUAUGCACCGGUUCUAAAACGCCGUCUGGCUUUAUCCCAGGAACAAACAGUCCCGCCGAAACCACCGUUUUGGCCGAGACUCCGCGCAAUCAUGAGUAUAUGUCUGAUGCGGCCCAUCGACAUGAUCUUUACAGAACCAAUCGUCAGCCUAGUAUGUCUCUAUGUGUCUGUCAAUUUCGGUAUCUUGUUUAGCUUCUUUGCGGCCAUCCCAUAUAUCUUUGGGACUGUCUAUCAUUUCAAUAUUGAGAAAUCCGGCCUUAUCUUCUUAUUUGUUGCCGUUGGUGUUCUAUUGGGCGUUGUUACCGCUACGAUUUGCGAUGUGACCAUCCAUCGGCCCAUGCUGGCUAGAGAAAAGAGUGGCAGACUUGCUCCGGAGCACCGACUGUACUGCGCCAAGAUUGGCAGCAUUGGCCUGCCCCUUGGAUGCUUCUGGUUCGCAUGGACGGCUCGGGAAGACAUCUCAUGGGCUGUGCCCGCUACUGGUAUUCUUCCUUUUGCAUGGGGUACCAUGUGCAUCGUCGUUUCCUUCUCGCAAUACAUGGUUGAGACUUACAAGGGAACGGUUGUAGCUAGCCAGGCCAGCGCGGGUGUCUUGACAAGAUAUAUAUUCGCAGGAGCAUUCCCGCUAUUCAUUGUUCAGAUGUAUCGUAAUCUUCACAUCUCAUGGGCCUUGAGUUUCUUUGGAUUCGUCACGGUUGCCUUGAUGCCACUACCGUGGGUAUUUUUCAAAUAUGGCCCCAGAAUUCGGGCCAAGAGCAAGUAUGAUACAUUUGAGUAUGAAUCCGACAAGCAGCAAAUCAAAAAGUAG